AUGGAGCUCAGCCUGGGACUGGUCGGGCCAAUCGUCCUCGGUACACCUGUACUCGCUGACCACUCGAAAUCAGCCCACGACAAUCAAGCUGGUGUCGGCACGGGGCACACGGGGCCCUUCAAGCAAAAUGUUGACGACCAGCCGACCGCCGAGAAAGCUGUCGAGAUCGACGCCAAUCCUCUUCCACCGCUAGACAUGUCUUGCUUCCGCUUCCCCCGAUCUGAGUCCGACGCGCCUCCAGAAUUCCCCUUGCACAGGAUACCCGUUCGGGCUGCUAGGCUUGCCGCGCGUAUUGGCUCCGAUCGAUGGAAUGUGGCCGCGAUCGCUGGCCGACUCGACCGUAUCACGGCUGACAUCUUUGUGUGUGCCGUCAUUGACUCAGUGAUCGAGAGAUACACCAACUUGCGGCAACGGAUGGAUGCAGACCAGCGGAAUCGCCUUUUUCGGCUGACACCCCCACGCCGUCUCAGAACAUGGCCGGAAUGGCUCCGGGUCACAGACUGUCUAAUCGUGGACGCGAUGGAAGCAGCCGAGUUUACGCUUGCCGAGUGUGAUCCGCCAGUCGCUGUCCCGGACGAGGUCGACAUCAUGGCCCUCGGUCGCCUGUGCCGCAUCAUCAUCAACUGGCACUGGUCGGCAUGGGACGCAUCAGCGUACCCGCCCUCGUGGUACGACUUGCAAAAGUCGAUCGACCCGACACAGUAUGGUACCUGCAACCCCUACCUUGCGGACAAUGCAGCCGACGUCCUCCGUCUCGCGGGCAAUAGACUGAGUGGUCGUGCCGCUGUUGCGGCUACUACUGCAGCAAGAUCAGCAACAGCAUGGGCUCACUAUUGCGACCAUCCUCUCGACAGCUUCGACGACGAAGUCGAACGACCCUCCAGCCCGGUCCCCGACUGGGACAUGAGUGGUCGCUUGGUCUCCAUGUCUUGGAUGGACUACCGAGCGGAGCUGGAGCGCAGCACUUACAAGUAG